GUAACAACAACACAAAGUGACGAGUUUGUUGGCGAAGAUUGGUUCGCUUAACGAACGCUUCAACGGCAAAAUUUCCCGGGCUAGAAGAGCUCUUUGAUCUCGAUCUGUAACAAUUCCCAUUUCCUCACGCAUAAUUUCCAUCUCCUCCAAAAGGAUGCGUGACUGAAAGCGAGUAAUUGCAACAACUGGAGGAGGAGAAGUUGGAAGGGGUUGUUGUGUGUGAUCGGGGUCCUCAGGUUGAAGAUCUGGGGCGGCUUUCAUAUUUGUUGGGAGGUUGAGGUGAAUAAAAGGGUAAUUGGCGAAGAUGAGCGCUUCUAGGUUCAUCAAGUGCGUCACUGUUGGAGAUGGAGCUGUUGGCAAAACUUGUUUGCUAAUCUCCUAUACCAGCAACACCUUCCCCACUGAUUAUGUGCCAACUGUUUUCGACAAUUUCAGUGCAAAUGUGGUUGUGAAUGGAAGCACUGUUAAUCUGGGCUUGUGGGACACUGCCGGACAAGAGGAUUAUAACAGAUUACGACCUUUGAGUUAUCGUGGUGCCGAUGUUUUCAUACUGGCUUUCUCUCUCAUAAGUAAGGCCAGUUAUGAAAAUGUUUCCAAAAAGUGGAUUCCAGAGUUGAAGCAUUAUGCACCAGGUGUUCCCAUUAUUCUAGUUGGCACAAAGCUUGACCUUCGGGAUGAUAAGCAGUUCUUCGUGGACCAUCCUGGUGCCGUACCCAUUACCACUGCUCAGGGAGAAGAGCUUAGGAAGCUGAUUAAUGCACCUGCUUACAUUGAAUGCAGUUCGAAAACACAGCAGAACGUGAAGGCAGUCUUUGAUGCAGCCAUAAGAGUUGUCCUUCAACCACCAAAGCAAAAGAAAAAGAAGAGUAAAGCACAAAAGGCCUGUUCAAUAUUGUGAUUCACUAGGUCUAAACAUUUGAGAGCCAUCUGUCCUACCUCAUUUCCCUCCUCUUCUUCCUUUUCUUCAUUCCUUCUUCUAUUGAAGAAGUUGGAGUCUAUGUGGGUGUUCAUCUGACAUAGUCUAGAUCUCUUUGAAGCAUAAGGUGGUUGAUGCUUUGCUUUCUUUGAAUUAUUGUGGAUUCUAAUUGUGAAAUUUGCAUUUCAUGGUUCCCACCUUUUUUAUUAACUUACGUUUUAUGUAUUAAUAGACUGGAAUAUCCCAGUUAGGAUAACGACCUUGUUUGC